GCCGGGCACUUCCGGCUCUGCUGCUCUGACCCGGAAGGAACACCCUGUGCGCGCGCCAUCCUCCACCUCAGCUGUUGCGCCCACCUCUCCCCCCUCCCUCCGGUUGCGUACUUGUCCCUGGGAAGCAGUUAUCUAUGUUUCAUGGAGCUCCAAGGAAUUGUCAAAGCUUUCCCGAAACGAAAAAAAACAAGAGAUGAUUUACCAAAAGUCGUGCCUUCAAAAGUACUGAAAGAUGAAGCUGGGAACAAAAAAGGGUGGCUGGAGCCCAUCACAGCCUACGUUCUGCAAGCUGGAGUUGGCCAAGCCAGAGCUGAGAUCUUCCGGAAACAGAUCCUCCAGAAUGGGGGAAGCAUCUGCAGCCAGAUUUCCCCAGAGGUGACACAUGUUAUAGUGGACGAAGGCAUGGACUGUGAGCGGGCGUUCCGGCUCCUCCGACUCACCAAAUUACCCAAAGGAUUGCAACUGGUAAAAGCAUCCUGGUUGAGUUCCUGCAUUUCAGCACAGCAGCUUUUGGAUACUACUGGUUAUAGCCUCUUCAUUCCAGAGAAGUAUAUAGAUGAAGAAGGCCAUUCAAAGAAACCAUCGCAAUAUCUAGAUGUGAAGACGAUCCAUCCUGAAACGGAGAAUGCCGUCUUGGAGUUAAAAGCUGAAACACAAUCAGGGGCCAACGUUCCCUGCGGCGUGGUAGAACCUUCAGGAGAGCAAAAAGACAAAGGGGUAAUCUCAGAUGAUGAAGGAAUGGAGGAAGAGGACCGUAUGGUCACCCUGGGAGAACUAGAAGCACUGAAGUCAGGCCAAAAUCCUAACAACACUUCCUCAGGCAGUUCUCUGGCGGUGCCUCCCACUGGCAAGUGGGUUUGUGCUCAGUCCUCUGAAAGCAAGAAGAUGAAUCAUAAUCAGUCCAUUACAGAGAAGCUGGGGUUGUUGGAAAAAGCGUACUCUGUCCAAGGGGACAAAUGGAGGUCUCUAGGUUACUCCAAAGCAAUUAACGCACUAAAGAGUUACCACAAGCCAGUCACAUCUUAUCAGGAAGCCUGUAAGAUCCCCGGAAUUGGGAAGAAGAUGGCAGAAAAGAUUAUGGAGAUCCUGGAGAGUGGCCACCUUCGAAAGCUUGACCACAUCAGUGAGAGUGUAUCAGCACUGGAAGUGUUUUCCAAUAUCUGGGGAGCAGGAGUGAAGACAGCUCAGAUGUGGUACCAGCAGGGUUUCCGCACUCUGGAUGAUGUCCGCUCGAAGGCCUCACUCACUCGCCAACAGGCCAUUGGCUUGAAGCACUACGAGGACUUUGUGGAGCGUAUGCCGAGGGAAGAAGCUGCUGAAAUUGAGCAGACAGUUAGAGAAGCAGCACAGUCUAUCCAACCUGGGCUAGUGUGUGUUGCGUGUGGCUCAUUUCGGCGGGGAAAGUCCACUUGUGGGGACGUAGAUGUGCUGGUCACUCACCCUGAUGGACACUCCCACGAAGGAGUAUUCAGCAAGCUACUUGACUGUCUUCGGAAGCAGGGUUUUCUCACAGAUGACCUAGUGAGUCAGGAAGACAGUGGAAACCAAAAAAAGUACCUUGGGGUCUGCCGUCUGCCAGGCCCAGACAGGCGCCACCGCCGUCUGGAUAUCAUUGUGGUGCCCUACAGCGAGUUUGCUUGUUCCUUGCUCUACUUCACUGGCUCAGCCCACUUCAAUCGCUCCAUGCGCGCUCUGGCCAAGACCAAGGGCAUGAGUCUGUCAGAGCAUGCCCUCAACAGUGGUGUGGUACGUGGGCACGGUGGCCUCAAAACAGUGCCAGGCCAUGUUCUGCCCACUCCCACUGAGAAGGAUGUGUUCUUGCUUCUGGGCCUACCUUACCGGGAGCCACAAGAGAGGGACUGGUGAGAGAAAGAUGGGGAGCAGACCCGGGACGCCUCCUGAAUGCUGCACUUCAGGCCUGCCCAAUGCCUUGAUCAAGGAGAUGUGGGUACUAAAGGAGGUGGUUGUGUGAACCGCUAGUUCUUUUUGGUGCUGCUGGGUGUUGACGCUCUCGCCUUGGAAAAGCCCACGUUUCUGAAUGAAUUUCAUUGGCUUUAGUGGUAUUGUAAGGAGAGCAACCUAAAGAAUUGAAAACCUACCUCACUACACAAAUAAGAGACUGUUGUGAAAUACUUUGCACACUGAACACUGUUUUUAAAGAUCUAAUAGGAGGAUGGAGAAUGCUCAGAUUUUAAAGAAUGGGUUUUUAAGACACUCUCAAGCACUUUGCAAAGGCACCAUCCUUUUUGGUGUUGUGAAAGCUGCCGCCUUUCCUAGUCAUGGAAGUGCUUUCUCUCUCUUUUGGACAGCUAUAUGACUAUCUUGGAAGCCCCCGGUGGUGCAGAGGGUUGAACUGCUGAGCUGCUGAAUUUGCUGAUCGAAAGGUUGGUGGUUCAAAUCUGGGGAGCAGGGCAAGCUCCCGCUGUUAGCCCCAGCUUCUGCCAACCUAACAGAAAACAUGCAAAUGUGAGUAGAUCAAUAGAUACCGCUUUGGUGGGAAGGUAAUGGUGCUCCAUGCAGUCAUGCCGUUCACAUGACCUAGGAGGCAUCUACGGACAACGCUGGCUCUUUGGCUUAGAAAUGGAGAUGAGCCCCACCCCAGAGUCAGACUCGACUAGACUUAUUGUCAAGGGAAAACCUUUACCUUUACCUUUUUAUGACUAUCUUGAGGUCUGUUGCAAGGAUAAGUACCUUGUUUUCUGUUGAGAGCCAUCAAAAGCAGAGGUACUAUGUCAAGGACUCCCGGUUAGUUCUGGAUGGGGCUGAAGAUGAUGGAGGAGGAUGGACUUGGAUACAGGAACUGAGCUCCAGGAAUCCCUCUCCAUAAGUGGUUAUCUCACCUCAUUUUAAAACCUUCCAAUGAAGGGAAGUCUCUUAUUUUCAGAGAUAGUCUAGUCCCCCAUUGAACAGAUUUUAAUUUCAGUUUUAAUUGGAUUCUCUUUUUUGUAAUUUAAAUCCAUUGGAUUAGGUGUUAGGAUUGUUUGACAACCCUUCAGAUAUUUAAAGAUUUCUGAUGAAAUCAAGGCCAGAGUUAGGACCUUAGCAAGGGCACCCUUUAUUUCAGAAGUGUUGGACUAGGACACUAGAAAUCCAGAAUUCACAUCCCUGUUCAACCCCAAUGGAAAUCCACUGGGUAAACUUGAAUGCAUCUCAGGGGAAGGCAAAGCCAACCCCAAUCUGAAUAAAUCUUGCCAAAAAAAUCCUGCGAUAGGAUUGCCGUAGGGUUCUCAUAGGUCAUAAAUGAUUUGAAGACACACAAAAACAACCACAUACUGUGCGUCCUGGAAUAUGGGUGUGAAAACUGACCCUAUUAUGCCCUCUUGGAAACUCCGAAAUUUAUCCUAUCCAGCAUAGCAAAUGGCAAGCAUGCUGAGAAUUGCAGUACAUCAACAUCUUGAGGACCACACUUUGUCUACUCCUCCGUUAGCAUUCACAAAUGAAAAGAUUGGCGGAAAUACAACUCAAUUCUAACUAGGAAGUCCAGCAUUUGCACAGACAGACAGGUUCCCUUACCCAACUUGAAUUUUUGUGUGUGUCAGGAACAACUUGGUGUGAGGUGCAAGUCGCUUCUGGUGUGAGAGAAUUGACUGUCUGCAAGGACGUUGCCCAGGAGAUGCCCGGAAGUUUGGUGUUUUACCAUCCUUGUGGGAGGCUUCUCCCAUGUCCCCCCAUGGGGAGCCGGAGCUGACGGAGGGAGCUCGCCUGAACUCUCCCCGGAUUCGGACCUGCGACCUGUUGGUCUUAUGUCCUGCUGGCACAAGGUUUAACCCAUUGAGCCACCGGGGCUCCUAACCUUGAACAUGAUUUGCCUCCAUUGGUUGUUUCUGCUCUGUGUUGCUUUUAAAACAAAUAUAUCUGUGGUCUCUAACAUUUAAUAAAACUUUAAAACAUG